CAUGCAAAAAGGAGAAAAACUGGUCGUUUUUUCAGACUCGGGAUGCUCGAUCAUGAUUACUGUCACGUUUCUUGAGCUGGAAAAACACAACAAUUUUUUCCUCCUUUGUGUAUGCGUGUAAACGCGUUUUUUGUCUGAAAACGCGUUUAAAUGCACAAAAAGGGCGAAAAAUGGGUGUUUUUGGCUCACAGUCGGGAACCUCAAGUGUGAUCCGAAAAUGUCCACUUUUUGCUGAUUUUAGGCCAAUUUCUAUGCGUUUAAACGCGUUUUCUCAAAAGUUUGUCUGCCUGGGAAUAACGUAAUCACUUUUCCAUUGAUAAAAACUAUUAUAUUUUAAAUAAUUCCUAAGGAUAUAAUGUUCAAAGACAGUAAUUAUUAACUGUAUAGUACAUACACAUAAAUAAUGAUACAUAUUAUCUAUGAUCUAAUGUCCAUCACGACUAUUGACAUGGAAGAAUAUAUCCAAAAGAAACCCAUGAAAAGCUUCUCAUUAUUCAUCUAGAUGUUAUAUUGUCCGUAAAAAACUAUAUAAAUUAUAGAAAUAAAAUUUUAUAUUAUUUGUUUUUUUAUUUCGAAUUUUUAGCUCAUUAUGGACGUAAAUUACGUUCAAAACUUGAUACAGUUAAAAAACAAUUUAGUGAUCCAAAUCCAUCUUCAUCAUCACAUCCAUUAAUGCGUUUACAUGGAACUACAUUUGAUGAUAUUGGAUAUGGAUUGAAUCAUGCAUUACUUACAGCUAAAUUAGCUCCGGCAAUGACAAAAUCUUAUCAACAAAAAAUGCGUGAAUGGCAAACAAUGCAAAAAAGUAAUUUUCUAGUAAAUUAUCGUCGACAAUCAGUUACAAAUAAACUUGAAUUAAAUAAUGAUUGUCAAAAAUCAUCAAUAAUAUCUACAAUAAAUGAAUCAUCUAUUAAACCACAAUCAUCAUUAAUAGAUAAAUCAAAACAUAAAAUUGAAACAAAUAUAUUAUCAUUAAGUCCUAUUCUAUCAUCAAAUCAACGAUCAUUUCUUGUACAUCAAUGGCGUGAAAUAAUGUCAGAAGAAAUUUUUCUUCGUCAUUAUAAUGAAUAUUUACAAAAUAAAAUACAAGAAUUAAAACGACUUGAAACAGAUUUAAAAACUUUAAAAACAAGUAUUUUUUGUACAAAUAAUCAAGAUUAUUUAUUAAAACAUCGUUCAUUAACAAGUAUUGAACAAUAUAAUCAUGAUUUAUUAAAUCAAUAUAAACAAACAUAUUUACCUCGACGUUGUCAUUCAUUUCAAUCAUUAAUAUCAAUGCCUACAUCAUGGAUAUUAGCUGUACAAAGUGCUGCUUAUUCAGAUAUAUUAGAUGGUACAUCAAUAAAAAUAACCGAACCAACAAUAAUAUAUAAUAAAAAUUUUUCUAAUCAAUUAAAUCAUUUUAAAGAAGAUCGACAACAUUUUGAAAAAGAUGCGAUCAAAGAUUUACAAGCAAUGAAAAAAUCAAUGUGA